UUCAAAACGCAGACUUCAUCAAAAAAGCAGAAAGUCUGCCAUAUUGGCUGUGCUCCAACAUCAACAUCUUCCAUUGCCAUGGCUACGGAAAACGUAGACAUUGAUGACUCUUUAUACAGUCGUCAGAGAUAUGUGUUGGGCGACAGUGCAAUGCAGCGUAUGGCUAGAUCCAAUGUGUUACUCUAUGGACUUGGUGGACUGGGUGUAGAAAUUGCCAAGAAUAUUGUAUUGGCAGGAAUAAAGUCUUUAACUUUACAAGACCCCCAGUCAGCAAGUUACAUGGACUUAGCUACUCAGUUUUUUAUCAGGGAAGAUGAUGUCAAAUCUGGCAGAAAUCGAGCUGAAGUUAGCCAACCACUUUUAUCUCAAUUGAAUCCAUAUGUAUCUGUGAAAUCAACAACACAGCCACUGACAGAGGAUUGUGAUUUGAAAUGUUUGAAAGAAUAUCAGUGCAUUAUUUUAACAGGAGCAUCCCUGGCUCUGCAGCUGAGGAUUGACCAUUUUUGUCGAACUCAAAAUCCACCCAUUAAGUUUAUAUCAGCUGAUGUGUAUGGUGUAUUUUGUUCUGUGUUCUGUGACUUCGGCGAUCACUUUGAAGUGGUGGAUCAAAAUGGAGAAGAACCCGUAGAGGUUUUUGUGGCGAAUAUAACAAAGGCUAAUCCUGGCAUUGUAACAUGUCUUGAAAACCAAAUGCAUGGUUUGGAGUCUGGAGCCUAUGUCACAUUCAAAGAGGUUGAAGGAAUGACAUCUCUAAAUAACACAACACAUCAAGUGAAAGUGCUUUCACCGUAUGCAUUCAGUAUAUGUGAUACUACUAGUAGUCAAUACAAACCCUAUAUAACAGGUGGUCGGUGUAUAGAAGUUAAACAGUCUGCUACAGUCACAUUUGAAUCACUUGAGGCACAGUUAACAAAUCCUUCAAUCCUGAUAUCUGAUUUGAGUAAAAUGGAAUCUCCAGCAAGCAUCCACCUUGGAUUGUAUGCGUUACACAAGUAUAUGGAAAAACAUAAAACAUUACCAAGAGUUAGGCAUAAAGGUGAUGCAGAAGAACUGUUAAAGCUAGCCAAAUCAUUAAACAGUACAUUAAUUAACAAAGUAGUCAGUAUAGAUAACGAGCUGUUGACACACCUGGCCUUUACCGCUCAAGGCUGUUUUGCUCCACUGACUGCAGCUGUUGGGGGUAUUGUAGCACAGGAAGCAUUGAAAUCUUUGACUGGUAAAUUUACACCACUCAAUCAAUGGUUUUAUUUAGAUGCACAGGAAUUGCUUAGUGAAUGUCAUAAAGAAAACGAUGAGUGCUUCCAACCCAGACAAGACCGUUAUGACGCACUGAGGAUAUGUGUCGGUGACAGGGUCUGCCAACAAUUAAAUAGUCUGAAGUUAUUUAUGGUUGGUUGUGGAGCCAUUGGAUGUGAAAUGAUGAAGAAUUAUGCCUUACUUGGGAUCGGUUCAUCACAACAUGGUUUGAUUACAAUUACUGAUAAUGAUCUUAUAGAGAAAUCAAAUUUAAAUAGACAGUUUUUAUUCCGAUCACACCAUAUACAGCAACCCAAGUCAACAACAGCAGCACAGUCUGUUCUAGAUAUUAACCCAACGCUGCAUAUUGAACCACAGCAAUAUAGAGUAUGUCCCCAGACGGAGCAUGAAGUAUACAAUGAUGAGUUCUUUGCAAGACAAGAUCUAAUAGUUAAUGCAUUAGACAAUGUAGAGGCUAGACGAUAUGUGGAUAGUCGCUGUGUAACCAAUCAAAGAGCAUUACUGGAAUCUGGGACUAUGGGAGCUAAAGGUCAUGUACAAGUCAUCAUACCACAUUUGACCGAGUCAUACGCCAGUCAGCAGGACCCACCUGAUAAAGAUGUUCCAUACUGUACUUUAAAGUCCUUCCCAGCUGUUAUUGAACACACGAUACAAUGGGCUAGGGAUAAGUUUGAAAGUCUGUUCUCUCAGAAGCCAGCUGCAUUUACUAAAUUCUGGCAAACUAAUGGUUCCCCAGAGACUGCCCUACAGAAAUUUUCAGAAGGAAGUCAGCUUGAAGGCGGACUACAAGCACUUAAGAUGCUGAAGCAACAGCCUCACAAAUGGGAAGACUGUAUCGUCUUAGCAAGAACCAAAUUUGAAAAAUAUUUUAAUCAUAAAGCCAAAAAUUUAGUUUAUGCCUUUCCACUGGAUACCAGAUUGAAAGAUGGAUCUAUGUUUUGGCAGUCACCCAAGAGACCACCCGUACCCAUAGAUUUUGACAUUACCAAUCAAAUGCAUACAAAUUUUAUACUGAGUCUAGCCAAGCUACUUGCUUAUGUUUGGGGAGUUGCUGUAACUUGCACAGAUACACAUUACAUUGUUAAAAUACUAGAAAAGACAGAUGUUCCUCCAUUUGUACCCUCGUCUAAGAAAAUUGAAACUGAUGAAUCAGCUGAGAAGCCAAGAGAAGAUGAAGAGGAGAACUUUACAAGUGAUGAUAUAAUGUAUUGCUGUAAGACGCUAUCAAAACUUAUUAAAGAUGGUAAUGCUAAGCAAGAGUCUCUGUCAUUACAUCCUGUAACAUUUGAAAAAGACAACGAUGACAAUGGUCACAUUGAUUUUAUCACAUCGGCAGCCAAUAUACGUGCAACAAUGUAUAAUAUAGAUAAUGCAGAUAGGUUAAAAAUAAAGAAAAUAGCUGGAAGAAUUGUGCCAGCAAUAGCUACAACUACUGCUGCUGUAGCUGGUCUGGUAACAAUGGAACUUAUAAAAAUAGUGAAGAAAUCACCUCUGGAACAUUACAAGAAUUGUUUUUUGAAUCUAGCUUUACCAUCAGUGAUAUUCUCUGAACCGGGUCAAGCUGAGAAGACCCAAAUUCACACAGACUUAUCAUUUACAUUAUGGGACAAAUGGCAGGUUAAGGGGAAUAAAAGUUAUACAUUGAAAGAAUUUCUGAAAUAUUUCAAGACUACAUAUGGUCUAGAGGCUACAAUGGUUGUACAUGGAGUCAAGAUGGUGUAUGUACCCAUAAUGCCAAUGCACAAUAAGAGACUCCCACAAACGAUGAUAAAAUUACUGAAACCAACACCGAAACAAGAGUACGUCGAUUUGACAGUGGCAUUUGAAAGCUCACAGGGUGAAGACGUUCCCGGACCACCUGUUAGGUACUACUUUGGAGGAAAAUGAAAAACAUAUUCCAUCUCAGUUAUGAUACUGCUGACUAUGAACUAUUUCUAAACUUCUUUGUGAGCCAUCUACUCCAGUUACUGGACCAGCUUUGUCAUUAUUUGAUACAUGUAUGUUUACAUUAGUACUGCAAAUAAUUUGACUUUCUGAUCCACACAACAGCUGAACACCUGUAUUUGAAUGAAUUGUGUAACAUGGUGCAAGUUCUAAUUUUAUGUAAACAAUGUUUUAACAGUAGCAUGGGACCCACUUAGAAAACAAUGCAGUGAGAUGACUCACUUUAAGUCCCUUUUUACAUUGUAUAUUUCUCGUAUCAUCUUGUGUAACAACAUCUUCAUCGUUUGUGCAAUAGUCCUGAUUGUCCAGAGGAAUUUACAUUGUGUGCA